AUGAAGCUCUCGCUGAUCAUCACCUUCCCCGCUGUUGCAAGUAGCGCGCUCGCGGCCCCACUCGCGAAGCGCCACCAGGAGGAAUGGGCGGUAGACAAGAAAGCUUGGAACCUGGAAGACAAGCGCAAUGUAGCCGUCGAUCACAAGGAAGACACGACGCGGAACUGGGCACCGUGGGUGAAGGAGGAAAAGCGCACGGACAAGGCCAUGUGGCAUGGCCCGUGGUCAGUUGAGGAUAAGCGUGAGGUGGAAGGCUGGGGCGGUCAGAACUGGGCGCUCGAGGAGCGGAGCGAGGAGGGGAGCCUGUUGUUAAGGCCGUGCGGCUGGGGCGUCGAGGAUGAACGCCGGGCUGGGGAUUGCCCGCCUCAACGAGCGUCUAACGAGUGAAGGGCCAGAUCACUGGAAGGAUACGGCGAAUCAUACUGUGAGCGCGGGUGAGGGGCAGGCGUCAGACAAUACACGAACUGUACAGGACGUACCCGGCGAAACUGUUGCUGCAAGCGGAAC